AUGGAUACUGACGAGAAUAAAAUGAGCUCGACUUCGACAUGCUUAUACAAUAAAAGCACGUGUUAUUUCAUUGAUAGCAACAGUAAUUGUCUAUCCGACGAUAUCGUACUUGAUAUGAUUUCAAAAUUAGUUAUACCUACGUAUCACGAAUGGAUUUGUAUUAUACUUUACGUCAUUGUUUUCAUUGUUGGCACGAUCGGUAAUUUAUUAGUCAUCAUUGUCAUCCAACGUAAUCGAAGUAUGAGAACUGUUACAAAUAUGUUUAUUAUGAAUCUUGCGGCUGCUGAUUUAUUAGUUCUGGUCUUUUGUUUACCCGCCACUGUCGUUCAAGAUGUAACCAAGACCUGGUUCUUUGGCUUAGCACUUUGUAAAUUUGUCAAUUAUGUUCAGAAUAUGUCGGUGUCCGUGUCUGUACUCACGUUGAUGGCGAUUUCAAUCGAACGUUAUCAAGCGAUCGUACAUCCGUUAAAAUUCAGUGGAACAAAGCAACGUGCAAGAAUACUAAUCCUUUCUGUCUGGAUACUUUCAAUACUACUUGUUCUUCCUGAUGCAAUUAUGAUGACACUCACUCAACAAUUCAGCCCUCGACUUCAGACUAUUUAUCUUACAUAUUGUCAAUGGAAUGCACCUCCAUUAUUCGAUCUUAUCUAUCAACUACAUAUAUCAUUGUGUUUAUUUGUUAUUCCGCUUUGUUUUAUGGUGUUUACUUAUCGUGGCAUUGCGAAAGUUCUAUGGGGUUCACUACCGAUGGAACGACUUUUUAACGAUGAAAAAAAGACAAUUAAUUCAAGUCAACACACUCUUUCAGGUCAAUCGGAUGAAUCUCAUCACAAUGUUCCUAUUAAUAGUAGUAGCAGUUUAAUGAACCCAACCAAAUCAGCUAAUUUAAUUGUUCAAGAGAAUCGACAAAAGGCUGCGAAAAUGCUUAUCUCGGUUGUCAUUAUCUUUGCUAUUUGCUACAUACCAGUGCAUGUUUUUAAUUUAUUCAGAUAUAUAUUUGUCUAUUUGGAAUAUAGUCAACAUCCAAUAAUGAAUGAUCAGCAGAAUUCGACCGAUAAUGUACCAUGUUUUCAACCCGUACCUGUCGCACUUGAUCGAACGAAUACGGUUCAAGUUGUAACGAUUUGUGCAUUGAUAUCGCAUUUCCUUCCGUUUUUGAAUUCAUCAAUUAAUCCAAUUAUAUACAAUAUUAUGAGUGAUAAAUUUCGUCUCAAAUUUCGUGAACUAUUUUCAUCAUGUUGUUGUUGUUGUAAAUCAUUCAUUCGAAUGAAGUCAGCGUCAUCGACAAUGAUACCAUUUCGUGCCUCGACAACGAUGCCAUACGGAAGCCAACAACCCUCACCGACAUCAACGGCUAACAACAAUCAUCAUCAAAAUCAUAAUCGGUGUCAUCUCAAUAAUAAGCACAAACGUUUGGGAAACAAUUCGUUAAAUUUAAGUACAGCGAGUGUUCAACUAUUAACUAAUUCGAAUAGUACGAACAUGACUAAGCACAGUGCCAUUGCGAUCUUGGGUUUAUUUCUUCAUAUAACAAAAGUUUACAAUCGAGCAGUAUCUUUUGACUCUGCCAAAAAUCUUUAUUUGAAUAAGCCAUGGCAAUCACGACAUCAUCCAUUUCCUGAAAUGAAUCGCUUUCUAAAUCCCUACUCACAAAUUCAUCAUCAACCAAUGAAAUUGCUACGGCCAAAUUAUUCAUUUCUCGAAUAUAUUUGCAGCCUUUCACAUAGCCAUAGGCAUGUUGAAGAAGUUUUAGUCAUUUUCGGCCGGAGAUAUCGUUCGCUGAUUAGGAAAAUAAUUCGAGAAGAUUGUCCUACGAAGGAACAUGACGUCAGACAUGAACAACGGGCCAUAAUCAACUUCAAACAAACUCGGAUUCCGUUUCGAUGA